GUUUCUCGACUCGUAACGCGCUGUUGCUUAAUGGCAAUGAACCCUAGAGAUGCAAUCCAUCCGAGGUCGCCUCUUGGGCAGACCUCUAGGAGCUGCACUUUCCCGCCGCUGUAAUACCCCCGAUCCACUCCUGGCAGCUUCUCUCAUUUCCGGUAAUUCCAACAUAAAUGAGACCAAGGGCAUCGCAGAUUCAAAGCAUGGCCUUGGGGCACUCAAUCGCACUACAUCAAGCCGCUGGCUUUGGAACGAGCAACAACAACUUGCCAGUCGAUCUGUCAAGUUCGACCUUACAGCCCUUCUGCAACUAGCUGCCGCUGCGACCGCAUCGAGAUCAUGCACCCAAGUGUCAAAGAUCUCAGACGGCCAAUAUAACAAAGUAUACCAGCUUACCAUGGACGAUGGACGCGAAUUUAUUGCGAAAUUUCCAAACCCCAAUGCAGGGAGACCACACUUGACAACAGCUAGUGAGGUUGCAACUAUGGACUUUUUGGGAAAUGCUUUGAACAUCCCUGUUCCGAGAGUGUACGCAUGGAGCUCUCGAGCAUCACAAAGCCCUCUCGGAGCAGAGUAUAUCCUCAUGGAGAAACUGCCCGGCGUGGUACUAACUGAUGUAUGGCACACCAUGAAAGGAAAGCAGAAAGUCAAGAUUCUGGACCAAAUUGUGGAUAUUGAAAGACGUCUGGCGCGUACAAGAUUCACCAAGUUCGGAUCGUUAUACUAUAGAGACGAUCUACCCAAUAGUCCGGAUCCUAAACGUACCCUAUACCAUGAUUUAAUGGGGAACCAAGUGGGGACCAAAACGUUUGCCAUGGGACCGACUAACCACCCUUCUUUCUUUGACUUUGGGAGAGGCCAGCUGACAAUUGAUCGUGGUCCAUGGUCAACCCUCACAGAUUACAUGACGGCGAUUGUGCAGAGGGAAAUUGAAUCUGCAAAGUCAGGUUUCCGAUACCCCUUAAUGCCUGAGGGUCUUUUCUAUGGUCCCCGACAGUAUCAGCCUACCCUCUCCAAGAAGCUCUCUGCAUUGGAAAACUAUCUCAAGGUGGCACCUGAUGUUCUCCCAGAAGACAAAACAACACAUGUCUCAGUCUUAUGGCAUGACGGUCUUCAUUCCCAAAAUAUAUUUGUCGACUCGGAAGACCCGAGUCGCAUUGUGGGAAUCAUUGGCUGGCAGUCCGUCAGUGCGUGUCCGCUUUUCAUGCAGGCUGGGCGCCCAGCAUUUCUCGAUUACAAUGGCCCGACUCCGAAAGAUUUGGGGAAGGUGCCUUUACCACCGAACUUUGACUCUAUGCAUCCGGAUGAACAGCGGAAGGCAAAGGCACUCCGCCUAGCACAGACACUGCACAAUAUCUAUCUGGAUCGGUGUCUUCAGCAGAAUAAACCCGCCUUUGAGGCCAUACAGGGCCAGAAUACUCUGCAACAUCAGGUUAGUGUGGCUCCGGGCUUGGUAUCAAUGGACUAUGAACCACUUCUCAACAGUCUGUUGAGAGAUGUCGAGAAGGAAUGGGCACAUAUUGAUGCUGUGGGGAACAAUGACAUCCCUCGUGGAACGCCGUUCCCAUUGCGUUUCUCGGACGAGGAAAUCCAGGAACAAGAACGGGAUGGCGAGCUAUGGGCCCAAGGUGUUGAGUUGAUGGAUGCAUUUGUUGGCGACACUGGCUGCUUCAAACAUUGGGAUGGUAGGGUUAGCGAUGCAGACUAUGAAAGGUCUAGGAAGGAGCUGGAUGAGGGAGUGGAGAGGUUCUUGGACCGUGAAGCCAGGAAUGAGGAAGAGCGCAUGGAAUGGCUCAAAUCCCUAGUGUUUGUGGAUCAAGGCAACAGCCAGGGAGAGGGUGACUCUCAUUAAUCGAGUUAAUAUAUCUACACUCAAUUCAAGC